AUGGGGAAGCAGAACAGCAAGCUGCGCCCGGAGAUGCUCCAAGACCUCCGGGAAAACACGGAGUUCUCCGACCUGGAGCUCCAGGAGUGGUACAAAGGCUUCCUCAAGGACUGUCCCACCGGCAUCCUCAAUGUGGAGGAGUUCAAGAAGAUCUAUGCUAACUUCUUCCCUUACGGUGAUGCCUCCAAGUUCGCUGAGCACGUCUUCCGCACCUUCGACACCAACGGUGAUGGCACCAUUGACUUCCGAGAGUUCAUCAUCGCCCUGAGUGUCACUUCGCGGGGGAAACUGGAGCAGAAGCUGAUGUGGGCUUUUAGCAUGUACGACCUGGAUGGGAACGGCUACAUCAGCCGGGAGGAGAUGCUGGAGAUUGUGCAGGUAACCUUUGGCUUCUCCUUCUCCUUCUCCACACAGGCUCUCCAGCUCCCCCACAACUUUCCCAGCCAUGUCCAUGAAAAAUACCCUGAGCUCUCUCCAUUGUUUCCUGCUUCCUUCAGUUCUGGGCGAGGUUUUUGUAUUUCUGUCUUGAAGGUUAUCGCUUAAGAAAAACAUAUCCGAUUUCAACAUUGAUCUCUUUCCCUCUGACAGCUUUUGAAGUUGUUAUUUAUGCGGCUUACUGCAGUAUUUGUAGAACUUACGGUGCUUGGUAAUGUUGUCCUGGGAGCAUUGUCACGCUUUGCUGGUUUUUAAUCUAUAAAAAAGGACAUGAAGGUCGAAAGAUUGGGGAAAUGUUGCCUAACAGAAAGUGGAUUAGUUGGGUGUCAUUCUAGAGUGAAUAUUUUGAAUAAUUUCUUUUAUGUGACUGACAGGCGGAAAACCGGAAGUUGUUUUUAUUUCUAUUCUAUUCUAUUUUAUUCUAUUCUUUUUUUUCCCCUCUGGUGUUUUCUUUUCCCUUUCUCUCUUUGUUUUUAUUUAGAUUAGAUUAGUUUAUCUGAAAAAGCUUUUAAAAAAAUCUUAUUUUUAAAAAGGGAUGUGAAACUGGAAGUUGAGAAAGAAAUUGUAACACCAACAGAUUCAUGUUGUACUUAGACACCCCACAGAACUUUGGGGGAAAGUGAAAAGUGCUUAUGAGCUCAUUGCAGACCAAGCUUAUCACUGAGGGCAAGUGCUCCAGCUCAUCCACCUCUAAAGCCAUCCCUGGGUGUAUCAGAGCAUCUGCCAACACUCUUCCCUCCAGCUGUUUUGGACCACAGUUCCCUGCUGCCUGGGGCUGCUGGGAGUUGCUAGAAUCAUAGAAUCAUAGAGUUGGAAGGGACCCUGAGGGUCGUCUAGUCAGAGCAGAAACUCAGUCAGAGCAGACUGUCCAUGGGUGGACCAUGCAGAGGUGCAAAAGGCAAUUCUGGUGUCUCGACACCAGGAAUGAGUGAAUGAUCCAGAUGCACCCAAUGCAGAUCCUCAGCCUUAAAUCAGGCUUCUGGGAAGGAGGUGAGACCAAAGCAGCAAAUCAUGCAGAGAAAAGACAGGGAGACUCCUCCAUGGUGGGAACUAUGGGCUCAUGGGAGCUCUUUCAGUGAUGAAUUUUGUCUGGGAAUUGUUGUCUCAGGGUCUCAGAUAGGCAAUGGAAGUCCUAAUUGCUUAUAGUAUACUAGAGGCAGAAAUAAGGGCUUGAAGAUGCAUGUCAUGAGGUGGAGGAAAGAAAAAACUUUCCCCUGCACUACAUUGGGAGGUGUCAAGUGAGAAGAAAGGAAAACAGAUGCGUUCUCCCCACUCUCCAGAAACAUUAUCUCCUCCAAUAUAUAGCAAUGAAAUGCUCAUUUUUAGGGUUGGCUGGAGGCUUGAACAGGAGCUGAGAAUUCACUGCAGCAUUUGAUGUAGUUCUCAUCUUGGUUGGGUUUAUUUCAAGCCGCCUUUCUCUUCCCACCUACCACUCACUGUUUGAAGGGAAGUGUUGACAUUGCCUUUUUCAACCCCUAAGAUAUGUAAUGCAGGAGGACCAAAAUAGUUCUGGAUAACUGGACCCUAAAACUCAACAGUUUCAGAAUUUCCCCCUAAUUAAAACUGGCCCUCACUGCUUAAUCAACCAAAGCCAUAGUUGGUUAAUGUGCUGAUUAAGUUGAUCAAAGCUUGCAGUCCUAAUUGAAGGAGUGGGCAAAUCCAGUCUUAAGGGGUAAUUAAUCUUGAGUGUGUGCCGUUAGUAGUGAUGAUUUAAUCUAUGCUUCAGUUGAUUAACGCACAAAGCUUUAAGAUAUGUAUUUAGGCUGUGUUUAUCAACAGUAUUUGCAGUGGCCCAGAGUAAUUCCUUGGAGGUGUGGGUGGGUGGAUGACCUGUCAAUGAAGCCCAGGGGUUUUCUCCGGCUUUGUAGACAGGCCUUUCCUUCAUGUCUGUCUGCCUCCCUUCUUCUUUUCCACACACUCUCUCUCUGUGUGCCUUAUUCUCUUUCUCUCCCCCUCUCUCUGUCACUCUCUAAGCGAUGCUGCAGAUUUAAAGGAGGAUACGCCCGACAGAGGAGAUGGGAGAGAUGCUUUUCAUGGAAAUUUAAUCGGCAAAGGGAGCAGAUUAGCUGGGGUGAAGGGUGUGGCUGGCUUGCCCCUCGUGGAUCCCUCUGUGCCCGGGCACCCGGGUCGCCUUCCUGCUCUGGCAACUGCUCAGCCCACCCUUCACUGCCCACUAGACGGGGGGGGGCAGGAGGAGUGGAACAGCUGUUCCGUUUCUGUGCCACAACAAGAUGAAAUGAGACAUGGAGGCUUUAAUCCCGACCAGUGUCAGCAAGUCAAAGGAAGCCCCCCCCCCAUCAGUGAUUUGGAUGGGAAAUUAGGUCCAUAUUGCAAGAUGCAAAGCUACAGACCUCUCAAAGGAGCCCCAGGGCACAGCUGUAGAAGAGUCCAUCCCUAAUAAUUUUGGUAGCACUCUUUAAGCAAUUUUUCAGAGGGCUUUGCGGGAUUUGUCUUGCAGGUCUUCACAGCUCCUCCCCAAGAGAUGUCACAGCAUCACCUUCAUCAUCACUAUUCCUAUUAUUCCUCUUCCCAUUUUUCAGGAGAUGGAGCUGAGACUGAGGAAACUAGGGACUUGCCAGUGGGCACAGGCAUGAGGCUUGGACCCUGCCCCGCUUUUGCCCCAUUCCCCUCGGUGCCUUUUGGUUUCAUCUUGGCUUUUACCUCAUCAUCUAAAUAAGAACUAGAUGUUAUUCGGUAAAUGGGAUGCGUUUGCAGAGAAGGAGCAGAGAGGGAUCAGAAGUGCUGAAACAUCACAUUUCUCCAUCCCUUGGUGGCUAAAAUUUGGAGGCCUCUUGGGACCCUAUGAAGCUACCUCUGACAUCUCAGGAAUACCCUAAAUGGAACUCAGCUGGAAAGGUCCUCAUUAGGAAAGAGGCUGAAUUUCACAACACCUUCACCAAGGCGGUUGCAAUGGAGGCUUUUUGUGUGUUUAGGACAGCUACAGUCUGGGAGCAGAGACACCCCAAACCCCCGACAGACGAGGCAGGUUGGAGCAGGGAAAUAGUGAACCAGAAAAGUGCCAUGCACCCCCACAUUUCUCCACUUUGUCUCCUCCCAAAACUACUUUUCUUUUCUUCUUCUUCUUUUUUAAAGUAAACUGCAUCAGGGACAUUAGUAUACACAUGUGACACAUUAGUGCAAACCAAAGGCUAUGUACACACAACCGUUUACUCUGGCUCCAGUGCGCUCCCACCACAGGGGUUGGAAGCAGAUCAUGUGUGACGUUAGCCACAAUCCUGUAGUCUUUUGAGAAAUAUCCCUGUUUGAUAUGUUUUUCCUCAAGCCAGCUUUCAUCUGAUUUGAAAACACAAACCAUGGUUUAUGGUGAGGUGUGCAUUGUUCAGACAGCUGUUGUGUGCGCAGACAGCAGCUUCGUCAGAAAGGAGUUCAGGUGGGAUUGCAGGUUUGGGGAAACAAAUUGGGUCAUGCGCAUCAGGCAAAGAUCCUCCUGUCCCUUCUCUGGUAUGUACAGCAAUGUUUAAAUGCGGCUUGAAAUGCAUUGGGGGGAAGCAACCUCACUCCAUUUUAAGCCAUGAAUGUGUUCAUGGCCUAGAUCUCUCUCCAAAGAGCAGCCCUGGUCUUCAGCAGCUUCCUGGGCUGUGCCCUGAUAAAAACAGGCGGUGGAGCCUGCAGGUUCGGUGGGUCCAACUCUGGUGUGUUUCACAAACUGAUGCCUCCCAGAUGUUUUGGGCUGCAACUCACUGGCUGAUGGGAGCUGUGGUUCAAAACAUCUGGGCACCAGGUUGGGGAAUGCUGUCUUACACCCAGAAGAUAACCAGGUUUGAUUUCAGCCUGCUGCAGCUGUUGUUCUGGUUCUGUCUUUUCAGACCACAAUUUACUUUGAACAUUCCUCUGCGCAGCCAGAGUGGGGGAGGGAGCAGAAACCCUUUGUAAAUGAACUUGCCUUUGGGGAUCCCUUUUUAUUCCACGCUGACAUGCGUUACGAUUGUUUUUGAUCCCAUCCGGGUUAAAGCACCUGCUUUUGGGGAGAGAACAGGUGGGUUCCCCACAGAAAGCAAGAACUAGUCCAGAUUGCUUGGAGGCAGCCGUGAAUCUUUUAACUGGGUCUUGGAUAUUUAUAAAUUGGAGCUCUAAAGUGUCCUUGGCAGAGAGAAAUUGGAGCACCUGGGAGGGUGGCUUCUUUUUUGUGCAGGUGAAUUAAAGCUGGGUGUGUUCCAAGAUCAGUCGAGGGUCCCAUCUACCCAUUCCUCUUGAGAGGUAGAAAGAAUAACAGCAUCCCCUUUCAGGUUGAAAACCCAGAUCUGUGAAGGAUCCAACCAUCUGGGGCUGGUGGGAGUUGCAGUCCAGAGCAGUUCAAGAGCACCAGGCUGGGGGAGGCUGGCCUCGUAGCAAAUGGCUGCCGUGAACUCAGAGACAUCAGUGAGGGAGUUGGUUCAGCCAGGUGUUGGAAUCCUGGAUUUCAAACCUUUAUCCAAGAUGUGAGAAUUCAUUGGAAGGGUCAUCCUAUGUUCCCUAUCUGUAAAUGGGAAUGACAAGGGCUUGCAAUGAUGAUGAUGAUGGUGGUGGUGAUGAUGAUGAUAAGUGCCACAAAAUAAUCAGUGAUCAGAAAUCCUUACUUAUUUUGGUUUGGUUUGAAGUAUCAUGGCCAUUUCAUGGUUGGCCCUGGCCCCUGAUCUGUCUAUCCGGAGGGGCUUUUGUGGAAUUUGCUAGGUACUCACACAGGGCAAUGAGACAUGGUGAGGAGGAGGGCGUGUGCCCUACUUUUCCUGAGGUUGCUUGGAAAAGUAGCCAAGGAGGCUUCCUUAGACAAAAGAACUCAGCAGGAACUUCCCAGGAAGUAUCUUAUGAGGUUAUGGAAAUGCAACACAGACCAGUCACCUUGAUCUCAGUGGCAGCUGGCCUGGGGAGUCUGCCUCCCUCCAGAUGUUGCUGCACUCCAGCUCCCAACAUUCCUGGACGUUGACCUCUCUGUCUGGGGCUGAUGGGAAUUAGAAAUCCCACACAACAUCCAGAGGGUGCCAGGAUGGGAACAUUUCCUCCCCACCACUUCAUACAAGAAUUCAGGGUCACCGAGUUCCGAAAGCAAGUCACUUGACUUCACACAACACACAUCCAGCUUAUGGAACUCACAGCCACAAGGUAGUGGUGUUUGGUCAGUCGCUUAGACUGACAAAGGGUUUGGCAAAUUCACAGAGGAUAGCCUUUCUGUUAACAGCUGUCUGCAGAGGUAGUAUAGGAGACAGCAGGGGAAAGUGGACGUCGCCUCCAGGUUCUCCUUGGAAGCUCCAGGACACUUCUGUCUCCAGCUGCUGCAGGAUGCUGGUGCAAUGCCUGUGUUCUUACUGAAUUUCCUGCCUAGCUUUAUAUUGCCCUCUCCUGGUGGCAGGAGAGUAUUGCAUGUUUGCAUUAAGGGUUGCUGCUGCUGCUGCGGUUAGCCUGGGUUUGCCCUCCUGGACUCUGAUCUUGCCCCACGCAGGGCAACAAUGCAGAAGGGGUGGGGUGGUAGUGGUGCUGGUGGUGGUGGUGGGAAGACUGACAGAGAGACACAGACACUUCCCCAUCUGUCCUUACAGUUUGUUUUCCUCCCCAUUGAAUCCUGUCCUCAAUGUUUAGAAUAUUAAUUACCAAUUUCUCCAACCACGCAAUGCACACAGCCUCCUGGGAAACAGCAGGCCUGGGUAAAAAAGAAAAGGAAAGAACGUUAUUUCGUAAAUGCUGCUUUUUUAUUUAAUCAAGUCUGCUCUCCUUUCUUCCUUGUGGCCUCCAAGCGCUUGGAGAUUGCACAAACAUAGUGGCAUUUCUCGUUGACUCUUACCCAGGGGGCCUCCACCACUCCUUAGAGAAGCCUGCCCUGCCCUUGGUCUGGCUGGGGCUGAUGGCAGCUGUUAAGCAUCUGGCGGGCACAAGGUUGGGGAAAGCUGGCUUAGGGCAAGAGAUACUAGGGUGGGGAGAGGAUUAGACAUGCAUUAGAUGUGGGAAGCUCCGGAGCAAAACCAGGAAACCCAGAGCUGAGCAGAUGGUGCUGGCAGCUCUUGCGUUCCCAGCAUUGCCCAGCUUGCCCAGACAAUGCUGGGGAGGUCACGGGCUGCUCUGGAGGGCCCCUCCCCAUCAAUCCCUGCCAUCUGCGCUGUGCUGCUAGCCUGGCACGCAAGGAGGCUGCUGCAUUUCACACGCUUUCUUCUGACCCGUGGCAGGAAUCUUUGCACAACCUGAAGAUCUGAGAUGGGCCUGCCUGUGUUAAGUGUUGCAUUGGGAAGGUUUUUGUAGAGUUUCUGGCAGACCUUAUCAUAGGGGCAGCCAAUGUGGCGCCCUGCAGAUAUUUGGGACUACAGCUCUUGUCAUCCCCAGCUAGCAAGUCCAAUGGUCGGAGAUGAUGGGCGUUGGAGAGAACCACAUUGGCCUGCCUUGUCUUAAAAUAUGAAUUCAGAGGUGUUGGGAGUGCUCAGCUGCCUGGAAAGGGCAGCCUUUUCUCCUGGAAAUAUUCCCCCCCCCCCCCGGCAACAAUUUCAGAGGCUUGGGGGCUGGUUGUGACUAUGCACUUUUAAGAGGAGCUGCUUUCUCCAUUCUGCAUGGCAUUCUCUUUAUCGAUCUGCCGGAAAGGCAAAAUAGAGCUCAAGAGGGAGAACUCCUUGCUUAAGCUGACCGUCCCCACAGGGCUGCAGCUCGGAAUUUGUGUCUCAACUGGUUCCCUGCUCCUUCUCCACAGGCCAUCUACAAAAUGGUCUCGUCUGUGAUGAAGAUGCCUGAAGAUGAGUCAACUCCUGAGAAGCGGACGGAGAAAAUCUUCCGACAGAUGGAUACCAAUAAUGAUGGUAAAUGAAAGGAGAGAAAGAUUAAGAGGCAACCAUCAUCCUUAAAUCCAGAGCUCUUAGAUGGAAAGGCAGGCAUGCUGAUUAAAUAGAUCAGUUGGGGCGGGGGGCGGGGAGAGUGACAGGAGGAUGAUUUGGCACAGUGAUUUGGCAAAGCUGGAGGUCAAAGGUGGCGGGAGGCAGGGAAGGAAAGCCAAGACGCCUUCCUGCUGCAAGGACAGGUUUUAGCAUCUGCUUUGCAUGCAGAAGGUCCUAGGUUCAAUCCCCAAACACAUCUCUGUGUAGGAUUGGGGAAUGCCCCCUGGUCUGAAGCCAUGGAGAAGGAAGAUCUCUUCCUGCUAACUCACCUGCAAGGUGGUUGCCACUUUGGGAACAACCAGUCUAGAUGGUUUGGACAACAACUCCCAUCAACCGUUGCGAGUGCAGCUAUGAGAUGGAUAGAUGGAUGGAUGGAUAGCUCUCGACCCUACAUAUAAAUAUAAUGCAACAGCCUAAGGGAAGCUAAGCAGGUGCUCUGUUGUGGUCACUGGCUGACCUUGGAGUCUUGCCAUGGGGAAGAGGUAGGGUAAUAAACAGUAAAACAAGGGGAGAGGUGACAGGAAACCUCCACGUGCUCCUUGUGAUGCUGAAAGAUGAAAGGCCAACCUGAAGAGAAAGGUUGUUAACUAUGCACUGGGUUGGACAAAUUGGACAUGGCAAAUCUUUGAUGUCAUGGAAUCCCAUAAAAGGUGGGGCUCCUGGGAGUCCUGUGCCUUCUCUGUCACUUGUCGCAGGUAUGGGCCCUGAUCCCCGGUCUGCCGCAACCAGUCCUGAGCCCGUGACGUUCUAGGCUCCCUUCUGGAUGGCGUGUUCAUUUUGCUCUCCCCUGUCUUUCCUCCCCAGGCAAACUGUCCCUGGAAGAGUUCAUCAAAGGCGCGAAGAGUGAUCCUUCCAUUGUGAGGCUGCUGCAGUGUGACCCCAGCAGCGCCUCCCAGUUCUGA